UCCGAGAUGCUGGGACACGAAACUUUCAAAACGUACCUCUGCCUGACCAUCAUCGUCCAGCUGUUUCAGGAUCUGCCUCGUCCACUGGCUCAGAGUGGGUCUUAUGACAACGAUGACGAGCCCGAUCUCCCCAGGAUCAUCUGCUUCAGUAAAUUGACCAAUCAGGCUGCAAAUGACAGAAUCGUCUGUAAACUGAGUGAACCAUUCAUUGAGGGCGAGACACUCAACAUCACUUUCAGUGAGGACACGAUGGUGGAGAGCUGCCAGAUCAAACUGAAAGAGACACACAGCUGCAGCGUGGAAGCUUCAAGGUUCACCCUCUUCAACCAGUGCUGCAUCCGGGUCAGCAGAUCGCAAUCACUGGAACAGGGUCCUUGUGUGUUCAACAAAAAGAUCAUUCACAUGGUGAAGCCGGAAUGCCCGAUCCGAUUGGGAGUGAACAUGCUGACCAGAGCCCGGGAGAUCGAGCUCCAAUGGGACAGCCCCCCCCUCAGGUUCACCCUGCUGAGGGACAACCUCCUCCACCAGGUCUCCUACUGCAGCUCCAAGCCCCCCUGGGAGAAUAUAAAUGUAACUGGCUACUCUGUGAGACUGUUGAUGAAGAAUCUGAUUCCAACCUCUGAGUAUAUGAUUCGAGUUCGAUCGAUUCCUGAUCAGGGAUAUUUCAAAGGAAUAUGGAGUGACUGGAGUGAGACUGUCAGUUUCCAAACCCCAGAAAGUGCCUACAGACUGAGAGCAGGUAUCAAGCUAACUAUGUCCUUACUGACUCUGCUUCUCAUCAUUAUCAUCGGUCUCAGUGUACUGUGCUGGGAAAACAGGAUCAAGCCUCAUGUCUGGCCCAAAAUUCCAAACCCAAAAUCUACACUGGAGCACCUGUACAUGAAACCAAACAAGACGGUGGCAGUGAGCUUUAACCCAUCCAGCUUCCUGGAUGUGAUGGAGAGUCGCGUGGACACGAUACAGGUGAGGGGUUCCCGGAGAAGCUGCUGUGCCCCAUCCACAGGGAGUGAAGCUGCUGACUGUAACAAUAUGGCGCUGGAGAGAGAGCUGCUGAUGGGAGAGAGAGCUACAACAGACAUCAUUGGCACAAGCUGGCACGAAGCUAAGUGCCCAGCCCAGGAGGGGGCUGACAGUCCACAGUCCCUGAGGUUGGCCAGGGGAGAUCCUGACGGAGAGAGGCUGCCUGGGUCUCCCAAUGGCCAUGCCCCAGGGCCUGGGGGUUGGAACACAGCGAGGGGCCCCACGUCUGGGCACAGCCACAAUGAUGGGGCAGCCUAUGGGGGGCAGGGGUUCAAUGUUCAGGGCACUGGGGAAUCUUGCCCAGAUCAAGUUGAUCAAGGGAGUGAUCUGGAAUCAACAUUAGCUGCAGACUGUCCUCUCACCCCGUCUGACCAAUCAUACAUCACCAUGUCUAACCUGUACCAGAUCCAGUGAGAGUCUUCCCAACGACUCACACCCCUAACCUCAGGCCCACACACCCACCCCCAGAUCCACACCCCACUCCUAGACUCAAACUCCUACCCCCAGGCCCACACCCCACCCCCAGGCCCACACCCCUAACCCCAGAUCCAUUCCCCACUCCCAGACCCACACCCUUAACUCCAGUCCCACACCCCUAUCCCCAGGCCCACACCCCUAUCCCCAGGCCCACACCCCACUCCCAGACCCACACCCCUACCCCCAGGCCCACACCCCAC